UCUUCAUCAUAUCUAUCUAGGCUGGCAAGAUGCAGUUUCUCAAAGCAACUGGGCUGCUGCUUCUCCUGCAAGGGGCACUUGCUGUAAAUGCCUCAACGGUGCUGCCGUCACCCACAAAUAGAAGGCUUACUACUCUUCCAGACAUCCCCUCACCUGCUGGUCCCUUGAAGCCAACCAGUCACCUGGAGCCAUUUGCCAAUGUGACUGGCUCUUUGGAUGACCAUGGUGUGUGCCAGUGCUCUGUGUACCUCCCAGAUACCGCAUUUCCUGUGGAUAGGGUCGAGAGAAUUGAAAUCUUAGCUCAACAGCUCUCUGUGAAAUUUGACAUAGAGAUCUCUAAAGUUAGCCAAUACACCAAAGACAUUGAAUUGUAUGAAAAAAGGAUUCUGAACUUGACAAAAAAGAUCGAGUAUUUGGAGAAGACCAGCGUUUCUUACACUGAACUGGACUUCCAGUUAAUCAGACUGGAAAUCCAAGAAAUGGAGAAACUGGUGACUCAAUUGAAAGUAUCUCUAUCUGGGAACAACGUGAUUGUCGAACAGUUAUAUAUAGAGAUUAAGAAUUUGAGUCUUAUGGUGACUGAAGUGGAAUCACUCGACAAACAUAACAUCCUUGCAGUCCGCAGAGAAAUUGCAUCUCUACAAAGGAAAUUGCAGGACUGUGAAGCAAGCAGAAACCAGAGCACUAACCAUUACUUUCCACCCGGAACCUGCAGCCAUGGUGGAAUUGUGAACGUCAGUCAGCCGUACAUGGUUCAGUUGAACUGGAGAGGAUUUGGCUUCAAACAAGGUGGCUGGGGAAGGUAUUCCUCUCCUCUUGCCCCUGGAAAGGAACUCUACUGGGUUGCUCCACUGACAAGUGCAAGAUACAUAGAAUACUACAGGCUUCAUGAGUCCUUCGAUGAUUUGUUGCUCUUCAAAUAUUCAAAGGAAUACAGAUAUCAGUAUGGUGAUGGCAGUGGUGCUGUUGUUUACAACAAUUUCAUGUAUUUUAAUGUUUACAAUUCCAGAGAUAUUGGUAAACUAGAUCUAAAUACAAACACCCUGGUGCUGAGGAGAGCUCUCCCAAAUGCUGCUUUUAACAAUCGGUUCUCAUAUGCUGGUGUUUCCUGGCAAGAUCUGGAUUUUGCUGUGGAUGAGAAUGGGUUGUGGGUUAUUUAUUCAACAGAAGCCAGCACAGGGAAUAUUGUGAUCAGUAAAAUUAAUGAAACAAAUCUUGAAGUGAUUGAUACAUGGGAAACGAGACAGUACAGGCCUUCGGUGUCUAAUGCCUUUAUGGUCUGUGGGGUGCUAUAUGCCACGAGGAUUGUUAAUACUAGGAAAGAGGAAAUUUUUUACACGUAUGACACAAACACUCGAACAGAAGGGAGAGUAAGCAUCAUUAUUGAUAAAAUGAUGGAAACUAUUCAGAGUGCUGACUAUAGUCCUAUAGAUCGGAGACUGUAUGUGUACAAUGAUGGAUACCUUGUUCGACAUGACCUCACUUUCCAGCCUAUUAUACCAGCAUAGUUUUCUAUAUAUGUUUACAAAUAAACCAACACAUCAUGAGGAAAAGAAAAAGCAAAGAUAAAAUUCAUUUUUAUACUAUUUUUUCAGUGUAUGAGUAUCACAGUGUCACUUUGUAUGUGGAAUUACUAUUAAUUGUGGAAUGCUUGUUUCUAUAGUCUGAAUUUCUGAAGAUUUUGGAUAAUGAGUGCUACUGGAGGGUUUCACUGCAAGGUCUUUCUGGAGAUGAAGGCAACUAUGUGGAUUUUUAUUUUGUUGUUUGUUAUGUGCCUUUAAGAUGAUUCCAGAUUAGUGCAACCCAAUCAUUAGAUUUUUCUGUCAAGAUUUAUUCAAAAGAGAUUUCUAGUAAUGGAACAGAAACGUCAACAUUGAUUAAGUUAAUUAAUGAUCAAGUGUAAUAAUAAAUUUAGUAAACUUCUUACUCAGCAUAACAAUCAAAUAAUCAAUGUUUUGCUUCACAAUAUGAAUUGAAUGUAAAAUGUAAUGAUAAAUUAUAUGAUCAUUGUGGAGAAAAUAAAUUUGCUUGUUGACAAACCAAAAUGGCA